CUUGGGCUCAACCUUUUGUCCUUUCCUUCCCAAAUUUCUGGCCUCCGUUGUACGAGCAAGUCAGUUCUCCCCCUCGCGCCCAGGCUUGGGUCUGUCCUAUGCAACACACGCGCAUUGAUCAUCGGUGCAGCGACCUUAUCCACAAGGGCUGUCUCCUCUUGGAUGCAGCAUCAGACUGGUCUCUACUCAGGAGUCGCGAGAUAUUAAAACAAGUCCUGCCUCGCUUAUCACUGCAGGUUCUCCUCCUGGCUCCCGUCAUUUCGAGCUACCAGCUAUAUCCAAGCGCCCGCCUCAGCUUUACAACUUUGACUUUAAAACGCGGCCGUUCUUUCGUCGUUCCCAUUUCAGUUAUUACUUUUUUUGCCUAUUUCUCUCUCUCCUCCUCUCCCCUCUUUAUCCCACUAUCUCUACUUGCCCCACAUUCGCGUUUCUGCCAAACAAGAAACGUCUAGCAAAGAUCCUAUCCCUUCAUCCAUAUACAUACAUCGUUUCAAUCAUGAUCAAGUCACUCGCCGCAAUUGCCGCCCUCGCCACUGUUGUAGCUGCCGCCGGAGCCGCCGGAGCCGGAGCCUCAGCUCUAGUCCCUCUGGACCAUAUCUCCUUUACACAACCUGUGGGUGAGGGCAUCACCUACUCGGCCGGCACCAACCAGACCUUCUCCUGGACUAUGGCCUGCACACCACCCUCGACCCUCGUCUCGGCCACGCCCUCGGCCACCGAGGUCGAUUUCAUGGACUCGAACAACAUCGACAACGCGUUCUAUGUCAAGAAGGUUGGCACUAUCGACUGCACCAAGAGCGUCGGUAACCUGGUCUGGACCGUGCCUGCGGACACCAAGCCUGGUGUCUAUGCUCUUCAGCUUUUGUUGACUCCUAAGAACGCCUACUCCGGACGGUUCAAUGUUACGGCCCCUGGCUCAAGUUCUGCAGGCGCCGGUGUCUCUGCCGUGAGUGGUGCAGGUGGUGUCAGUGCCGGCUCCAGCUCUAGCGGGGGAUCUCAGAACUCUUCCAACGCAUCGGGGGCCAGCUCUGCCGCUGGAGCCGUCGCACAGGUCGCUAUAACCAUCAUUGCUGGUGCCAUUGCCAUGGCACUUUAAACGAGAUUUUAAUCGUUGCGGUCUUUCCUUCCUCUUCGACACCAUCAAUAUCCUCCUCUUCCUUGCAGCCAGAUCCCAUGUUUCCUAAUGAAUACAUCUAUCUCCUCUUCCAUCAUCGGGUUUCCUUUCUCUUGAUUGAGAUAGCCAAGACGCUAGACUAGUAUAUGGUAGACCAUGCAUAUACAUACAUUUCUUCAAACAUCAAUCAACAUGAGACUUGAACGCUCAAAACAAGAAUAGUUGUCGACCAAGUCCUUGCGGUAUUUUAC